ACAUUGUAACAUCAAAAUAAACCUUUAAUUCAGUAGGUGCCCAAUAAAUGCAUCUUUGACAUUUUCAAUAUUAACUCCCUUUGUUAUGAGCGCUUUAUAAAUACUUAUAUAUAAUAGUGAAUUCCAUAGAUAAACUGGAAGGGUUCUAUAUUUUGCAAGGUAUUUAUAACAGGUAUAUCAUGUUCAUCAGGAUGUUGAACGUCGCUGUUCUUUGCCUGUUGGUGCUGAUCGACACUUGUCAUUGUGAUUCCAAAGCUGUGCGAGGUCUUGGAAAACCAAAAAUAAAGCCCCUUUAUAUGAAUGUGUCUGACUCGAGGGAGGAGAGGACGUAUAUGUAUGGGAGGUUCCAGUCUCCCCUCGAUACAACCGUAGCAUUUGUUGAAGGGGAUAUUGUCAAAUUUGACAAAGUGUCGAAAUCAGAAGAAAACUCAACAGUAUGGGAAUUGGUUUUGUGUUAUGACACAUGGAGGUAUCAGCCAAAAGUUUUGCUGCAAUCAAAAUCUGCAGCAGAAGUGCUGUUCCUUUACCUGAAUGGGAGGGUAUACCACAGUAAUGUACAAACCGAGUUUCACGGGACAAACUGCUCAGUAGCAAUUAACAGAUCAUCCAAAAAACAAAGUACUACCUAUACUUUUGGUGUUCAAAAUUGUGACCAAAAUCUCAAUUUCAGUAAUUUUCGCUUUUGGCUUGAUAAAUCUGGAAGGGUUUUAAACAUUCCUUAUGACUCUCACUGCAGGGAAUCUAACACCGAGGAUGGACGGUAUUUUGAAUCUGUGUGUUCAUCAUUUGUAUCUAACGAUCCUUUCAAUGUUACCUUCUAUGAGGACAAAAUGGCCGCUGAAAAUAUUGAACUAAUUCUUCUUGCCUACAAGUUCCAGCCCGCGGGGCCUUGUUUUGAUACUUGUAUAGCAAAUACCCAGCAAUGGUUUUUCAGGAUAAUUUAG